AACGCUAUGUUACUUUUGGUAUAUUUACUUUACUCUUUGACGCUAUGCGAAAAGGCGGGAAUGCAAAAAUCACAUUUUUAAGUUAGUUGAAAAUAGCAGGGAGCGCAGAUAUUUAUUUCAAAAACCAUUAAACGCACAAAAUAAACCUUACUAUUCGGAUUAUAUAAGAGCAAAUGGAAGUGCAAAAAGAAAAAAAUGACGUACAAAAUACUCGAUUACAAACCCUUGUAGAAAUUUUAACUAAAUGCAAAAUUGAUUAUCUAAAUGACAAGGAAGAAUGUAAGAAGUUACGUGAAACCAAUAUAAAAAUGGAAUUAGAAUUAAAGGAAUGCCGUGAACUAGAAAAAUCACAUAGGCAUCAUUUAAUGGCCUCUCGACAAAUGAUUGAAAGCUUACAAGAAACGGUUUCACAGUUGGUAUAUCUAAAAAGAGACAUUAAAAAAUUAAACGACGAAAUUAUCUCAAAAGACGCCACAAUCACUUCAUUAGAGAAGGAUAUAGAAAAUGUGCUAUUGAAACAAAAAGAGAAACUAGCUGCAAUGCAUGAAGCACAUCAAAAAGAUAUUCAAGAAAUGCUAUCAAAUAACGAGAAAAGAAGUGUUCUCAUCUUAAAAAAAAACAAAUUACAAGUUCAACAGGUGCAGCACGAGUCUGACACACAAGUAGCUCAGUUUACGUGUGCUAUUGAAGAGUUAAGGUCCAAAAUGAAGGAUAUGGAAGUAGAUCACAGGGAUAAGAUCAGCGUGAUAGUAUUAGAAUAUGAAGAAAAGGUUCAACGUGGAGCGGCGCAGAUUGCUCAACUCCAAGAGCAAUUGGCACGAGAAGCGACGAGAACAGAGUCAAGCCUAGGAGUAUACCGUCAAAAACUAGAAGAAUUGGAGGAGAAACUAAAACAGAAUCAAUUUAAACAAUACUUAGCUCAGAAUGCUUACUCGUCGCAAUAUGUCGCAUCGCAAUAUGAAAGCCAAGUGGAACGGCCAUACUCUGCUAAUAGGGACCCAUAUCCUCAAUGUCUUGAGCUAGAUGCCAGGAUAGAUUCACAGAGUCUCACAAAGCCUCAUUUUGCUGCUGUUUCUACUCAAAAUAAACAAACAAAGCCAACAAACACACUUCAAGUUAUGUACUAUGGAAACAAAACGCCGAAGACAACCAAGAAUUCCUCUAAUAAGGGACAUUUCAAUAUUACAAAGAAAAGAAAAUUAUACAACGAGAAAGAUUUUCAAGAUUUCUAAUCUAUACUAUUCAUUUAGUUAUUACGAAAUUGUUAUCUCACGUAUCUUUUAUAUUAGUUAAUAAUAACUUAAUUGAAACAUUACAUUAGUUUUAAAUAUUGCAUAUUGAAAUUAUAUAGUAUUUUUUCCUUUCACUACUGUUCUAUUCAUACUUUAUAAUUAUAUUUAGCUAAUACUAUGUAAUGCGUUACGAUGUAUUAUAUAUUAACUUGCGUACCUUCCUAAUACUUAUUUAAUAUUACACAAUCCCUAUAAUUGAUUCUAAUAAAUUCUUUUCAAUUUGAUACCAAUUUCUAAACAAAAGUGUUUACAACAAAAGCGCUUGCU